AUGGCUGCUGCUACCACAUCCGCCUCGUUUGCCACCUUCAGCGGCCUUCGUGCCGAAAAUGUGUCCGCACGCCCCGCCGCAGUGACACUCCCCGCAGCCGCGUCGCCAGCGCUACCGGCUGUGGUGGCCACGAAGAAAGUGGUGAAGCGGAAGCAGAUCAUUUUGACGAAGAGCGUGCCGAACGUGGGCAAGGCGGGCGAGCUGCUGUCGGUGCGGCUGGGCUUCUUCCGCAACUUCCUCUUCCCGCAGGGCUUCGCCAAGACCGCCACGCCGCAGAUCCUCAAGGAGAUAGAGGCGGAGCAGGCGCGGAUUGAAGCUGAGAAGCAAAAGGUGUUGGAGGAGGCGCGCAAGGUGGCGCGGCAGCUGCAGACGGUGGGCGGGCUCACGGUGAGGCGCAAGGCGGGCACCGGCAAGUCCUUCUUCGGCUCUGUGAGUGUGAAUGACAUUGUGGACAUCAUCAAGGCCAACAUCAACAGGGAGAUCCCCAAGGCGGACAUAGAGCUGCCGGAGAUCAAGGAGGUGGGGCAGUACACGGCCACCAUCCGCCUGCACCCAGAGGUCACUGCCGACGUGCGCAUCAACGUCGUCGGCAAGUAG